CUCCCGCAUUUUUCAUUUCAAACAAGCGCAUUUAUUUUAUUUACUACAACAAAUUGAGACGAAUUUGAAGCAUUUUGAUGGGCGCUAAAGUAACAAAGAUUGAAGGCAGCUACUUGCCAGACACGCCAACAUUAAAUAAAUUGCGCAUUGCCAGCGCCACAGCACAGAAUUCAGAGAUGGAAAUGUCGUCCACUCCUUGCCGAGAAAAUAAAGAGCUACUUGAUCCUCGAUCUCCCAAUGGCUGCCGCACUCCACUGAAUUUUCUGCAGCCAGAGCCCCGGAUAAUGCAGGCAGCUGCUUCAACAGAACCAGUAAAUGAAAAUGCAUUUGCACAGCUGCGCAAGCGUCUGCUUAAAGGUUUCUCCUUGAAUGAUCCACGUUCCCCGCAGCUGAAUCGUACUCCUUUGAUUCUAGAUGAGGCCAUUGAUCGUACACUGAACAUGGACGACACAUUUUCCGAUCUGUUUGUGGAAACGCGUGUUCCAGUGGCAGAGACAGCGACAGCGGCAGUGACUGCUGAAGUUGUUGUCCCAAGCAGUGAAGAGUCCGAUUUGCACAACAAUAGUUCGCUGGAGAUUGUGUCGCUGGCUUACGAUGAGGAGGAAACAAUGCCUUGUGAUAUGUUGUUCCAAAAGACGCCACCACAAAUGAGCUAUGAUCCGCGCUCUCCAAGCGUCGGUGUGGAGCGUACUCCCAUCAUAUUCUGUGAUGAUGACGAGUCGGAGGCACGUGAGACUCAAAUGUUGGAGGAGAUACUUGAAACUCUCACACUUAAUCUCAGCAACGAGAGCAGCAUGGCUUCGUUUGUGAGCGCAGCAGGUGCCGAGAUCAGUCUAGAUGAACCACAGUUUCAGGCUCAGACUCGACCUGCUAAUAAACAUUUGGAGCGUGUGCGCCUGGGCAACAAGCGACGUGUGGCUCCACGCAAGCCGGCACGUGCCAGUAAAUCGCAGAUAUAUAUCGACUCUACAGAGGGACACACCAGCACCCCGAAGAGUACCCCAAAGAGCACCCCGAAGAACACUCCCAAUGCGGCGACACAACGCACUCCUCUCAGCUGUGUCAACAAGAAUCGCAUCCAUUUCCGUUCGCGCUCAGUGGAAAAGGAUCUGCGGAAGACCCAGCUGCCAUUGCAAUGUUUCGAUGAUCAGCUGAAUCCCAGCGAGCGCGUCAAUGUGACCAGCUUGCGCUUACUCAUGUCCGCUGAGGACAACCUUCAGGGCUAGAGGAUCACGUACUAAGAGUUUUUAGUAGAUUCAUUGCCUUAAUUAUAUCCACACAGCCCACCAAUCAUUUAUUUUUAUCAAAGUAUACAAAUAUACAUAUAUUUUAAAAACAUUGCUCUACAAAAAUAUACGCACUAUUUGCGGAAUACUCAAAA